AUGGCGCUGUGUCUGAAUUUGGCGGUUAAAUAUUCAAAGCCAUCUGUCAAUUAACCUGCGGUAACUGUGCGGAUGUAUAAUUGUUUACAAUGCUGAGCACCGCUGGAAUAACAUCUGUACACGUUGAAAAAUUGGGCCAUACUAUCGAUGAGAUACGACUGCGUGCUUUGGACAAUAUUAUUUCGAAAUAUGAUCUUGGUUUCGGAUGUGAUUGCGAUGCUGUCAAAAAGGAAAUUAUUUUGAGGCUGUUCAACUGGUUCUCCUUUGAGAUUGCACCACAACCAGAGAAAGUGCUGGAUUUAUUAUUGAAGUUGGUGAAGGCAGAUACUAAAAGUUACUUAAAUGCAUUUGGUAAACUGAAAUUCCAAAACGAGCUUCAUGAAUUAAGAAGGAAGCUCCCCUCUGAAUGGCAUUUGAAACUGAACAAGAUUGAAGAAGCUGUUCUUCAUUCAGGAAAAUACAAAAGAGAUGAAUUAAAUACACACAUCAAGGAUUUUACCACAGACGCAGCAUCUUUGGAAUGUGACAGAUACAAGUCACAAAUACAAUAUCAUGGUAAAAAUAAGAAUAAAAAUUAUGGGAGAGAAGAUUAUGAAGAAUUUUCUGGCGCUCAUCAUCUACCAUCUAUUUUGGAUAAUACAAUACCAUUCGAUACAACACUGGAACAUGAAAGUGAUACACGAAUUUCCAAGGCAACUGAAGGUGGCAUUAAAUGGCUAGUGAUGCCAUGGCAGCCACUGGUUACAUCGGACAAAGGAGUGCUUACUGCUGUCGAAGAAGCUCUUAAUAACAAUGUUGAUACUAAUCUCAUAUUACACACGUGUCAAUUUAUAACAAAUGUAAUGAUGCAAGAUUUUCCAGCGGAAGUUUUUCUACAAAGGCCAGCUAUAAUCACGACACUUCACGGUCUUCUUAAAUCAAACAUCAGUGUAUCAGAAAUCAAAAUCAUGUGCGUCGUUCCAACUGUAUUAAAGACUUUGCGCAAACUAACUCGGUCUUUGAGAUUUCGCAUUUACUACUAUUGUGAACCUUGUAUAGCAAAUAAGAAGCAAAAGUUAUUGGCCAGUAAACUCGAUAACAAUGUCUACGUGUCUUCGGAAGCCGGAGAUGGUCCAGACGGUGGUGUACCUGAAGCUAACUACCAAGCGUAUCAAUCAGCAGGGACCAGCGACAGGAGUCCGAGUAUCAGCGAGAACGUCGACGACUCCGUGUUGCAGUUGCAGCAGAUGCUGCUGCCUGCUUAUUGCGUGGAGUCCCUGAAACUCGUUCUGUCGCAGUUAAGCGUACCUGUCGACCCCAACCUGCCCCUGCAAAACGUCAAGUACAUCAUGGACCUGACUCACGAAUUAAUACAGUUGUUGAUCAUUUGCGUGAUGCCGAAUAUCUGGCUUUGGAACGACGGCAUGGUCUUAAAGAUAAACGACGAUUUGAGAGCGUUGCUUCAUUUAAUGGGCGAACUGAUGGAAUAUUUCGCAAGCUGCAGUAACGUGGAUCACUUGAGAAUCACAUACAUGCAUCUUGCCGCUGUUACCAUAAGGUUGCUAAGUAGCAUUGUGCCGUUGGAGUUGGCAGACGCUGUUAUACCGGCUGCUUUAAAAACGUCUAUAAUGAAUGCCAUAAUGGACGCACCGAUGUAUCUGUUGCAUCCAGCGUUGCACUCUAUGUUUCUAGAAUACGCCCGUCAAUUUCAAGGUGCCAAUGAGCUGGCGUCGGUCAAACUGUUUGAUGAAACUAAAAUCGUUACAAAGUCCAUGCAGGCGUCCAUCUCUUUGUUAAAAGGAUCGUCGGAGCAGUCGCCUGUGGAAACAUUAAAAACACUAUACACGUCUAAAUUGAGUUUACCUUACCAUAAAAAUUUAUCCGUCGUCAAGAUGACUAUAAAGUUUUUACGAGAUCUCCCGAGAUAUUGCUUAAGCGACGAAGACUGCACGUUAGCGACAAAGUUGAUACUAUACUUGCUGGCGAACGCGGACUUGGACAUUCAACACGCAACUUACGUCGAAUGCCACGCUCUGGUCGAGAGUAUUCUGGGAGUUGAAUACAGCAGAGAGAAACUGUCUUGGGAGAAUCUGACAUUCUUGCUCGAACCGAACGUCUUGACGGAAAUUAUUUCUCAUGGCGCAACGAGCGAAGAUAGCAGGAUAAACGAGAUGUCGAGAGACAUGCUGGUACUUGUGCUGAAGGGAAAAAUGCAGAUGGGCGAAACUGGAUGGCUGAAGACUCUAGAAGUUCUCGUUCCUGUGCUGCAUCUUUUGCAAUGUCACGCUGACACGCUCAUACCUUUAGGUCAGUGUGUGACCAAAAUGUUCGAUCCCGAUAUUUCCAACGAAAUACAGUUGCCAUUUAUCGAGGUGUUAAAGGGCAAUCUAAGAUUUCUCUAUGCGUCAGACAGCGACAUCCGCGAGGAAGCGUUAUGUCGCUUAAUCUGGUUCCUUGGAAAGGAGAAGGACUCUGUCCAAAAACUGCCGCGUUUGUCAUCUUUACAUGGCUUGCCUCUCAACUCGCUUUGCAUAUUCGAACGUAAAAAUUUCAUUAGGCGAUCAGAAGGCAAUUAUCAGAGGAGCAAUAUGUUAUCAGUGCUGGAAAUGCUGAACGAGCCAAACGUAGAUCCAAAAAUACGCAGAUCCGCAUUGGUACAAAUUAGUGUAAUGCUUUCCGACAUAUCGUUGCACAAAUUGUUCAUAAAUCAAAAUGGACUGCCCUUAAUAUUGGACAUUUUCAAUAGAGCACUGGUGGAGAAGGAUUACGUGAAUUAUCCAGAUUCUGUGAUACCGAUAAUCAGCAUAUUAAAACAACUCGCGUUUUUCGAGUGUUCAAUACGAUAUGAAUUGUCUAUUCACAUUGACACUUUCUUCAAUAUUAUAAGAAGCCUCUUCCUGUUCCCAAAUAACGAAUGCGUGAAAUCUGACGGUGCGCAAUUACUGUGCCUACUUUUAUACAGCGAAUACGUCGUAAAAGUCCAUGAGAAGGAUGUGGAGAAUAGCGUUACUUCACACAUUUCGCUACCCCAUAUUGUUCUCACGAACAUGAAACUGCCGUUCACUUGCAGAUCUCAUUGGAAGACGAGUAUACAUAGGCGAUCUAACGUGUCGUUACUUCACAAUAGCAAUCCUACAGUCUUAACGUUCAUCCGACAAUAUUGGACGUGGGAGUGGAACGACGGCAUAAACAUGCUGUGGAAAUGUUUCGAGGACUUGAACGACCCCGGAAUUGCACAAAAACUGAUGAUCCUUGAAAGUGAUCUCCUCUCCCUGCGAUACAGUUUCCCUCAAUACUGUUGUCAACAGCAACUCUACAACAUUCAAAAUUCCACUACGCACUACAGCGUUGUGUGUGCGCUGGAUUACCUCACAAUGUACCUGAGAUUUUAUAAAGCGGUCGCGCGUGAUGAUGAGAAAGACAUCGACUCGUUGCCGUGGGAGCAAACGUUCGAGCGAUUCCUAGCGUCGCAUCCCACGAGCAAAGAGGAUUGCGAUUUGUUCGUAGACGUUCUAAUUUUCUUACAGUUGUACCUAAAUGUCGCAAAAAGUGGGAAAAGCUCGUGGAUCAGCAAGAUCAUGAAAAACAUGACGAGAUCAUUGGCGGACUUGUUUAAGAAUUUGGAAAUCGACAAUCAAGACGUACAUCAGUCUAUACUCAAGUUAGUACGUACAUGCUCGGCGAUCGAGAGGAUGGAGAAAUCCAACGACAAACCCAAGACUACAUGGAUUCGAUUCGUGGAGUUUGUUGUCUCGACAUUAUGUUUCGGGGAUCAGCAGCAUUUCUACAAUCUCGCUUAUCUUGAUUGGUUGCUAACAUGUUUGACGUAUUUGAUCGGACAGUGCGAGUGGAAAGGCCACAGGAACUUAUUAGUAUCUCUUUGCAAUACGCUCAUCGAACUAAUCAUAUCCUUUCAUGGUGCCGGUACGGUUAGUUUCAUGGGCUUAUCGAUAACGAGGAACUCGAUAAUAUGCCUCAACCACUCGUUACAUCAGAUGCAAGUGAAUUUUAAUAAGAACUCGUUGAUAGUGUUUUGGUACGAGGAAGGCCGAUCGCUGAGCUGGUUACCCAUGUUAUGGCAAAACCGGGAUCCUCUGGUCCGCGCUUCAGCCUUGCAGUUACUAGCGGGCCUGAUGAGUACAUUGCACACCGCGUCGCAGCUGCUCAACGCGAUCGCGAUGGCACCGAGCGACCUGUGCCACACGUUGCUCCAGUAUAUUACGAACCGCGAGGAAUCCUGCUUAGUGAGGGAACAAGCGUGUAUCGCGUUCUGCAACAUGCUGAAGAACUCGGUGGCCUUUCAAUGCGAGGACUCCCUGCAACCGCAGGCCAUCCUGAUAUACGUGGAGCAAUGCAACACUUAUCACGAGAUCAGCGUUCUCUGCGCCAACAUCUAUACGUCGACCACGCUGGAUGACGAGCAGUCGGAGUACCAAGGGAACGACGGCAAGGCGACCUCCGUGCGGAGUGUGCAAUCUGGCUGCAUCUCGCUGGUGCCGCGCAUCGUGUCACACUUGUACAACUGCCAGGGUGAAUUGCAGCCAUUUUCUGUCCGGGACUCGGAGGCGACCGACGUGAUGGACGCUUGCGUGCAGUUAAUUGCGACGCCCUCGCUUAUUGCCACCACUUGCGCCUUGUUGAACAAUCUGAUAUUUAUCGGACAGCACGAGGUAGUGGCGCAGAUUUACGAGCAAUCCAUCGAUAAGUAUUUGUUCGGGUGUCUGGCUGAGAUUCCGAAAGACGCCGGUAGUAGGAGGAGCUUGAGCCACUACUCCGACACGUUGGAGAUGUACACCAACAUCUGCACAGUUCUAACCAACUGCAUCACUCACAGCAACCAAUACACGGCCGUGGUCCUUUUCUCCGCGGACUCGCUCUACACUUUGCUUUCUCUCUUGGACGUCGAUCUGUAUCAAUCGACCGAACCGCGUCUGAUCCACCUGCGCAACCGGCUGUGGACCGAGAUCUACAAUUUCAUAGCCGUGCUCUCGCUAACGGAGGACCAGCACUUUGAGGCGAUCCAAGGCGCCUUGGAGUUGUGCGGCGCGGAGACGGUGAUGGCUUCCAUUUGCUUCGCGAUAAAGGACUCCACGACGGAUCUCCGAAUGAGUGCCAUCAGCUGCUUGGCCUUUCUGCUGUCGCAAGAGAUCCAGAAGGACUCCCUGGGACGAAGCAGCGUCUCCCUGCAGACGGUAAUCGACACCAGCGCGAGGGACGCGAACGCGCACUCGAGAAAGCUGAACGAGAAUGAGAAAGACUCGCGUGUCCGGCGGACGUCGCGUCCGACGGACGACAAGGCUGCAGCGAGCCCGCAAGAGCAGACCACGAUAGGUGGCGAAUUGUGCGAGCUCUUGCUGCACCUCUUCAUCGCGCACAGCUACACCAAGUCGAAGAAGAGCUGCAAGCAAUCGGAGGACAAGGAUCUCGUCGUGGGCGCCUUGACGAAUCUGCUGUGCGUGUCGAAGGAGGCGAAACGCACGGCUCUGCGAGGCAAUCUGCCCGAGACCGCGCUGAUGAUCCUGAAGGAGCAGUAUGUCAAGCUAAAUCUUCAACCAUUCGAACUCUAUAAGAAGCAAGCGGAAAGGAAGACUCAUCCUCUCUUGCACGAUAUGAAGUGCAUCUUCAUGCUUCUCAUGAACUUCAUGUACGGCGACGUGAGUGUGAAGGAGAGUCUGACGAAGGAGGGGUUGGCGGACGUGGUGCACAAGCUGUGGGCCUGGAUAGCGCUGAACAAGACGGUGUCGACGUCCGCCUUGAAGCUGCUGGCGACGUUCACGACCAGAUGCACUCUUGCCGCGCAGUCUUUAACGUUAACGACGAUCUUGCCGGGAAGCGGACUCAGGAGAACGCCAAACACGCUGGCCUUGAUACACGUUAUCAUACAAGUGACUUGCAAAGAAAUCGAGAAAGCCGGACAGUUUUUCGAUAAUCACAAGAUGCACUUCGCCUUCCACGUCUUGCGAAACGCCGUUCACGUGCACGAGUGCAGGAUUUGCAUCUCAAAGAGCAAUCUCCUUCAAUUCUUCACCAAGAUACACCCUACUAUGACCAAGAGAGCGAAACCGUGGCCGUUGGUGGAGAUGUACUGCCUGGAGUUCUUAAUAGAUUUCACUUACUACGAGGAGGGACAGUUGUGCGUGCCGAAGGCUGUCGACGCCUUGGACGUAUUGAUCAACUUGGCGAAGUGUUCCUCGUCGUCGAGCAAAGUCCUCGCGAUAUCGAUAUUGCGUAACCUGUCGUUCAACAUGACGAACAGACCUCGACUUCUUAGUUCAGUGGACUUCAUCAAUCUGCUACACGACAUUUUCAAGAACGGCUCACCUUGCGAGGUGAACCUGGCCGGCUCUAUGUUGUGGUCCCUGAUCAGCAACAACCAGAAGGGCAAGCUCAUCGCGCGCAGUGCCGGCUUCUCGCAGAGCAUACGGGAGGCUCUCGGUAGAUUUACGCUGGUGAGCGUUGACGCUUCUAAACAGGAGCAGGAACUAGUCAAGGUUCUGCAAUACGUGCUGACCAUCCUCAGCCCGGUCUCAGAGGCGAGAAACGGUGGCGCAACUUAGACCGACGUUCACAGCUGACACAACGGUCGACCUGUCGGCUUUUCGAAGAUGGGUAUAAUCUGAAACGGACCGCACCAAUCGUAGAUAAUUUUCACUCGACGGUUGCGCAACCGUUGCUCUCGCUCAACGCAAUCUCUUCGUCGAGAUAGCCGACGAGCCCGCGAAUGUUGUACAUAAUUAUUUUCGAUCGACGUCGAAUUUGUAGUGCGUAUAUAUGUACGUACGUGUGUAUGUGUGUAUGUAUGCCUGUAUGUAUGUAUGUAACACGAGUCAGUGCGAUGUAAUAUUUCGUAUCACGCAUUAAUAUAUUACAGAGAGAGAGAGAGAGAGAGAGAGAGAGAGAGAG